GUAGAUCGUGAGUUCAUUACCUUGCUUUUGGGCGAUGAUUCGAUUCUUCUGGGCUUGCUUGUGGCCACUUAAGAAAGAGUUCUGCCAUCUAGCCAAGCCUUUGAGUUUGAGACCAAGUAAAGCUUCCCGGCAGUCAACCAAGAAAGACUCUUUCUCCCCUACUGAAGAAAUGGAAGUCAGAUCUUUUUCCAUACCAUAACGUAUAUAGAAUCGAUUUUCUUUUCUGAUCGCAAGCCUGCCGGGCCGCCCCCGCGAUCAAACUAUCAAUCUCAUAAGAGAAGAAAUAUCUAUUCCCCCUUUUUCUUGGUUUUCUCCCAUGCUUUUGUUGGUCAACAACCAACCACAACUUUCUAUAGUUCUUCACUACUCCUAGAGACUUGACGGAGUGGAGCUGUCUGGAGGGAAUCAUUUUGUUGAAAUCAAUUAAUCUAAUCAUGCCUCAACUAGAUAAAUUCACUUAUUUUUCACAAUUUUUCUGUUUAUGCAUUUUCUUCUUUACUUUCUACAUUUUCAUAUGCAAUGAUGGAGAUGGAGUACUUGGCAUCAGCAGAAUUCUACAACUACGGAACCAACUGCUUUUACACCGAGGGAAGACCAUCCAGAGGAAGGACCCCAACAGUUUGGAAGAUCUUUUGAGAAAAUGUUUUAGCACUGGUGUAUCCUAUAUGUAUGCUAGUUUAUUCGAAGUAUCCCAAUGGUGUAAGGCCGUCGACUUAUUGGGAAAAAGGAGGAAAAUCACUUUGAUCUCUUGUUUCGGAGAAAUAAGUGGCUCACGAGGAAUGGAAAGAAACAUAUUAUAUAAUAUAUCGAUGUCCUCUCCUUCAAAUACUGGAAGGUGGAUCACUUGUAGGAAUUGUAGGAAUGACAUAAUGCUAAUCCAUGUUGUACAUGGCCAAGGAAGCAUAAAAUGAUUCUUUCAUUCUAUAGAUACCUCUGGUAGGUAAAGCACUCUACUGUGCUUUAUUGAAAGUUCCCAUCGCCGGGGCGAGGAUACUUGCCUUCGCGGUUCGACUUUCUUUUCAGGCUUGACUCAUUAUUUUCC